CCUCGCACCCGAGCCCUUCGCAGACUCACCGCGUUGAGUCUGACACUACGACUGAAUGCAACCUCCAAUGUGCUCAAAAGAAUGGGCUUACAUUUCGAGUGGCCAUUAGGGGCUCGUAUGCUGGCAGCACUAUAUGCAAUGAGUAUGGUUUUAAAAAUGCUGCCUGCCUUGGGCAUGGCUUGUCCACCAAAAUGUCGCUGUGAGAAGCUGCUCUUUUACUGUGACUCUCAGGGGUUUCACUCAGUGCCAAACACCACUGAAAAGGGCUCUCUAGGUUUGUCAUUGAGGCACAAUUAUAUUACUGAACUUGAGAGGGAUCAAUUUGCGAGCUUCAGUCAACUUACUUGGCUUCACUUAGAUCAUAAUCAAAUUUCUACAGUCAGAGAAGAUUCUUUUCAAGGACUGUAUAAACUUAAGGAAUUAGUCUUAAGUUCCAACAAAAUCUUUCAUUUGCCAAACACCACUUUUAGCCAGCUGCUUAACCUGCAAAAUUUGGACCUCUCUUUUAAUCAGUUGUCCUCCCUGCACCCGGAGUUGUUCUAUGGCCUUCGCAAACUACAAACCUUGCAUUUGCGUUCCAACUCCCUGCGGACUAUCCCGGUCCGCCUGUUCUGGGACUGCCGUAGCUUGGAGUUUCUGGAUUUGAGCACAAACCGCUUGCGAAGUUUGGCUCGCAACGGCUUUGCGGGAUUAAUCAAGCUGCGGGAGCUGCACCUCGAGCACAACCAGCUGACAAAGAUUAAUUUUGCUCAUUUCCUCCGGCUGAGCAGCCUGAACACGCUCUUCUUGCAGUGGAACAAAAUUAGCAACUUGACGUGCGGGAUGGAGUGGACCUGGGGCACCUUAGAAAAGCUCGACUUGACGGGAAACGAAAUCAAAGCCAUCGACGUGACGGUUUUUGAAACGAUGCCUAACCUGAAAACCCUCCUAAUGGAUAACAACAAGCUCACCACGCUGGACUCCAGGAUCCUGAGCUCGCUCCCGUCCCUGACCAUGGUGGGCCUCUCCGGCAACCUGUGGGAAUGCAGCGCCAAGAUCUGCGCGCUGGCCACCUGGCUGGGCGCCUUCCAGGGGCUGUUCAUCUCCAGGAAGUGCUGCCCUCCCACACUGAGAAGGAUCAGGCAGUGCUCAAUGAUUCAAAACCACAGGCAACUGCGCUCCCAAACGCGGCUGCAUAUGGCCAGUAUGUCAGACCAGGGACCGUACAACGAGUACGAACCCACCCACGAAGGACCCUUCAUCAUCAUCAACGGCUACGGACAAUGCAAGUGCCAGCAGCUGCCGUACAAAGAAUGUGAAGUAUAAUACCGAGACGCUGCCGCAGAUUAAAAGCAGAUAAGUAACCUAUUUUCCCAGUGGAGGGGACCUACAGCAGAUUCUAAUUUUUACAAACGUUGACAUAAAGCUUAAUUUUCCAAGCCGACUUAAUGGAAACAUUGUUUAUGGAGUGGUGCCGUAUUUUUAAGUUUUUUUUUUAAAGAAAUAAAAUAAAUCCAUACUAUUUUCAGUGUU